UUAAAAUUAAAACCCAAAACUAAAAUUGAAUUAAAAAUAAGGAAAACCCUAGUUUUCUCCGUAUUCUCUCUCAAGCUUCAGAAAGUCCGAGACUUUGAGGAAUCUAAGCUCGAAAAAUCUCCUUUUCUUGUCGAGGGAAUCUAAUUAUGUACAAGGAAAGGAGUGGAGGAGGUGGUGGGUCAUCGAGAUCGGAGAUCCUCGGCGGAUCAAUUGAUCGGAAACGAAUCAACGAUGCACUCAACAAGAAACUCGAGAAAUCUUCACCUUCCACAUCUAGGGUUUUCUCUUCUAAAGACAAAGAUCCCUUCUCAUUCACAUCUACUUCUACUGCUAAAUCUCAGCUUCCCCAUGCAGUGGAAUCGGAAACGGAUAGUGAAGGUUCGGAGGUGAGUGGAUCGGAUGGUGAUGAUACGUCGUGGAUCUCUUGGUUCUGUAACCUGAGAGGGAAUGAUUUCUUCUGUGAAGUCGAUGAAGAUUAUAUACAAGAUGAUUUCAAUCUUUGUGGAUUAAGUGCUCAAGUUCCUUACUAUGAUUAUGCACUUGAUCUCAUUUUAGACGUUGAGUCUUCAAACAGUGAGAUGUUUACUGAAGAACAGAAUGAAAUGGUGGAAUCAGCUGCUGAAAUGCUAUAUGGUCUUAUUCAUGUUCGUUACAUUUUGACAACGAAAGGAAUGGCUGCAAUGACUGAGAAGUAUAAGAACUGUGACUUCGGGAGAUGCCCGAGAGUUUUCUGUUGCGGACAGUCUUGUCUUCCUGUCGGACAAUCCGACAUACCGAGAUCGAGUACUGUGAAAAUAUACUGCCCAAAAUGCGAAGAUAUAUCUUACCCACGAUCUAAAUUCCAAGGCAAUAUUGAUGGAGCUUACUUUGGAACCACAUUCCCUCACUUGUUCUUGAUGACUUACGGGAACCUAAAGCCGCAGAAACCGGCUCAGAACUAUGUCCCAAGAAUCUUUGGCUUUAAGGUACACAAACCAUGAUACUAGUGCUCUGCGUUCUCAAUGGUGGUACGUCUAGUGGCUCGGUUUUUGCAUGCGGAUGAGCAACUGAAACGAUAGCUACUGUUUGAAUGGAGCAUACAAGCAAUCAUUGGGUAGAGGAAGAUGAGAGCUAAAAUGGAAUUGGAAGUUGAAAUCUUGAAAGAAUGUCAGGAAUUACAAAAGAUAACUUAAUCGCAACAUCCUGGCUUCGUUGGGGGUAAAAGAAAGACCUUGAAAACUGUUUCCCCAGUUAGUUGGAUUUUUGUUUUCACUGUUUGUCUAGAAAUUUGCUGGGUCUUUUUCUUCUACUCAGCUUCUGUUUUUUUGUUUUUUUUUUCUUUAAUAUCAUGUAAAACUCAGAAUUUAUAGUUCAAGGUUAACCUAACUUCUUGGUUAUUUCAGAUUCGACAGAAUUCUAAACAUAAAA